GCGGGCCGCGGGGAGGAGGAUAUGGCUCGUGGACAGCAGAAAAUUCAGUCUCAGCAGAAAAAUGCCAAAAAGCAAGCUGGACAAAAGAAGAAACAAGGACAUGACCAAAAGGCUGCUGCCAAAGCUGCCUUAAUAUAUACCUGCACUGUCUGUAGGACACAAAUGCCAGACCCUAAGACCUUCAAGCAGCACUUUGAGAGCAAGCAUCCUAAGACUCCACUUCCUCCAGAAUUAGCUGAUGUUCAGGCAUAAGGUUGUUUACAGGUGGAUUCACGACACCUUUGACUCUUCUGCUGUCUCAGACCUUAGGUAACAUACCUGCAGCUGCUUUUCUAACAAACUGUUGAUCAGCAAAAAUAAAGGGGCUACAGAAACACUCAUUUUUAUGCUGUUCCCUUUUGGGCUUCAUGCAAAGACAAUUCUGUGUAAAUGUACAGUUGACUCUGAUUUGGAAAUCUGAAAAUCAGUCCAUUCUUGUUAUAAAAAAUUUUUUUACAACUGUAAUUAUAUUGAUGUUCAUAUUGUGUAAAAUAACUCAUUUAAUAAAAUAGUACUUUGAUUUACGACAUCACAGGAUAAAUGGUUUUAGAAAUUCUGUUCUAACUUUCCACAUUAUUUGCCUUAUAAAAAUCUAAUGAAUUCAUCAGCUAGAAUUGCAAGUGCAAUUCUUAUAUCCCUUUCUCAGCUCAGUGGCAGGUUCCUUAAACUAGAGCAGACUCAUUCAUUAAAAUUGUGCAUAUGAUUUUAUGGGCAGCUGAUUCUCUAGGUGAAAAAUGACUUAUCUGCUGCCUUAGUAUAUUGCGGUUAUGUGUCAUUGUACCCCUCUGAUGAUUUCCUGUGUUUGAGUUGGAAUAUUUAAAAUUGCAGUAAGACCUGGCUCUAACUGCCAGUCAGGUGUACCCUAUAGAUAACUGAUAAAUUUCUAGAAGCAGUUGGAUUGUCAGCCCUUCUGAAAGAUUAGGUUCUGAUGUGUAUGCCAUAAUGAAAUAAUCAUUAAACCUAUUGUUUACUGCAAAAUAUGGAACAAAUGUGAACUGGUAAAGGUCAAUCUUGAUACUAGAUUCUUUGAAAACUCUUGAAGUUCCUUAAUUUGAAAUUGAAACAUUAAUUUUUGAGGUUUUUGGUAGUUACUAUUUGGCCAUUUUUACAAAUGGAUUUUACAUUAACAGGAAGAUUGGAAUGACUUGUGGCUGGAUUAAUUCCCAGAACCCUCUCCCUCCUUUCUUUUCUAAGUGAGUUGUUGAUUUUAGGAGUUUGCUUUGUGCUGUUUCCUAAAAUCAAAGACUGGUGUACAGUAUGACUUCCAUCUGAACUUGAAAAGUAUUAAAAUGGGUCAAUAUUCACAUUCUUUUAGAUCUCAGGAUGGGGAAAUGGGUUUGUUCAGAUGGAUAUGGUAAAUCUUACCCAAUUACGGAAGGCUAAUUUUAGAGUUCUUCUAAUUUGCUUGUGUCAACUCUUAACUUGUAAAACUGCUGUUAACUCAAUAUAUAAUAGGAAGAACACUAAAAUACUUACUGGUAACUGCUUAGAGCCACUUAUCUGAUCCUGUGGAUUACAGAAUGCAUUCCCUCUUCUGCUGUAACUUUUCAUUGCUUUGUUUUGUAGCUCUGCAUAUUUUGCCCACCUUGUCUUCCCUGUAAGUUUAAGAUGUUUCCAAGGAAAAGCUUCAGUGCUGAUAGUUUCUUAGCAACUCCUAUUCUUAUGCCCUUACUUUAAAAUAGUCCUUUUAUUUUGUGUAUUUAAUUUCCUAAGUUUCAGAUUUAAUAUCUGUUGUUUCCUAAUAUGUUGAUUACCAGAAAGUUAGAAUUUUACCUAAUUUCUUGUGGAUAUUGCAGAAGUUCUGGUUAAAUCACAACUUAAAAGUUUUUAAAAAGUGCUUUGAGCAUAUGUAUGUUUAUGUUUAGUGACAAAUCAUAGAAAACCAUUCACAAGUUUUGGUUUAAUUUUUAUUUAACACUAUUAUCUCAGUGACAGGGAAAUAGCUGCAUUGAUCUUACAUGAGCAUAUUCAUCCUUAUAGUUCAUGAGGGGAUUGUUAGUACAAUCCCCAUUUUACUGUGUUUGAGUUAAAAACCAAACAUCCCUGUAAUUUAAUUUGAAGAUUCUUUAACAGAUUGCAGCAGAGUUCAUUAUAAAACUGUUAUGGUGUCUUCAAAGACUUGAUAAAAUACACUGAGAGAGAAUUGGUCCAUUUGUAUGCUGUAUUUCUAUUACUUGCCAAAAGGAAUGGGGUUAAGAUUAAACUUGUUUCCAUUCUCUUCAUGUGGAUAUACAUCCCCAUGUUUAACUGACACACUGGGGGCUCAGUUGUGUGCUGUAAUGUCUUAUUAAAGAAGAUAUUAAAGAAAA